AUGUCGAUUGUUUUUAGGGAAUCUGCCACAAGCAAUUCGUUUAGUGAGGAAGAAGAGGAACCCACCAUCAAUGAGCAAGGGUCAACACCGAAUGAACCAAACUCCAUUGGCAGCAUAGAGGGCCAAGAAAUUCUUGGGAUAUUAUUGGAAAUCAGCAAGAAAUUAUAUUUACAAAUGAAACUACUUUUCAGUUUUGUUAUGGUUGACCUGGGUGGUUAUCAGCUUAUUGAUCGCAUUGUCCAAUGGUCGGUACAAAAUCCACAAAUGGCCUUGUGUGUCUUAGCAGCUGGUCUGGUAGCCGCUCUGCCCAUAUUAAUAUUUAUUGGUGUUGGACUUUCAACGCUGUUUGUUACAUUGACGGGAUUUUUGGUGUUGGAGGGUACCCUUUUGACAAUAUUUUCCAUGAUGCUAUGCGGUCUAUUGGGAGCCCUGGCCAUUGUAGUACUAUUCUUUUCAGUCUUAGGUCUAUGCGCCUAUUUUGGUUUUGCCCAAAUUUAUGAUUUAUAUGGUAGUGUUGAAAGUCACAAAUCAGCCUUAUUGCGUUUUUUACAAAAUGAAAAACAAACACUGCCGCCCAAAGAGAAAAAAUCACAAAACGCAACCAAUAGUGCAACUUCUGGUCACGAAGAUAUAUUGAAUUAG